AUGGCAUCAACACGAUUGCCCCACGGCGCCGCUGCGUGGCUUGUUGCACUGCUGGCGCUGUGGCGCUUUCAGGCCUUCGUUGCCCCUUCGCCCCGGCGCGGGGCCGGCAUCGCAAGGAGGGCACAAGCCGAGGCUAAUGGACCUGUUGGCGACUGGGUGGAGUGCGAGAUUUCGUAUACGCCUACCAUCUCAGUUCAUAGCUCGGUAAAAGAGCCACGGCGCAGUGACAUCUACAUUUUUCACAAGCGUCAGCUGCAAGAGGACUUCGGCCACCUCUAUGCAAAGCUGGGCUUCACGGUGCAGGAGGGAGUGAUGUACAAGGACAUCAAAACGGUCUGUCGGGAACCUGACAACCUUGGUGGACAAUGCAGCGACUGUUUUAA